GAGGCCUACCCUGUCCCGCGAUAUCUGAGUUGAGCCUGCUGCUACCUAGGCUACCAGGCUCCUCGGGAGUCUGUGCUUGUACUGGAGCUACGGCGGCCGGGUUGCCAGGUUACGGUGUUAGGAAAAGAAGAAUUUAGACUCUUCGUCAAGAUUUUCAUUUACACGACCGUUAAAUGCAAGACUGCUGUGGUGAGACCAUGAAUAAGAAUACAUCUGCUACAGUGCCAUCCGGUCUACUCGAAAAGUAAUCGUUAAAUCCAAUUUAGUGCGCUCUGGACGCGUACAAGAGAACCUGUUUCCCCCCAGCCUCGUCAUCAGAGUGUGUUGUCGAAGUUCCACAGUUAUGUCAAUCCAGGAUCCUGCCUUUCAGAUGAUUACAGUUACCAAGGAAACAGGCCUUGGUCUGAAGAUCCUAGGAGGAAUUAACCGGAAUGAAGGUCCCUUUGUGUAUAUUCAGGAAAUUAUUCCUGGCGGAGACUGUUGUAAGGAUGGACGUUUGAAGCCGGGAGAUCAACUUGUCUCAAUAAACAAGGAAUCUAUGAUUGGCGUGUCAUUCGAAGAAGCCAAAAGCAUAAUUACCAGAGCCAAGCUGAGGUCAGAAUCUGCCUGGGAGAUAGCAUUCAUACGACAACAUUCUGACAGCAGUGGUCCAGAAAACCCAUCGGGUACAUUCCUUUUACCGACUUCAGGAGAAUGUGGACCACAAGCCUCGACAUUUAGCCUUCUUUCUUCUUCGCCAGAAAUACCAAUUCCAAACACCACAUCCACUCCCAAAACUACAGAUGCUAUUUUACCUUCUUUUCAGGUAAAUCAGUUAAAAACUGGAUACAAGAAAACAGAACAGACUCCAAUUACUUCUUUGGACCCCAGCUCUACGGAUAUACCUAAUACAGAUACCACUUCUGCCAGGACUGGUCAUCAUGGGCCCCAUGGAAAGAAGAUUUCCUUAAAUCCUUCCAUCCGCCUUAAGGCAGAGAAACUGGAAAUGGCUCUAAAUUACCUUGGUAUUCAGCCCACAGAGGAGCAGCACCAAGCCCUGAGACAGCAAGUGCGAGCGGACCCAAAGGGGACAGUGUCUUUCGGAGAUUUUGUCCAGGUUGCCAGAAAGUUGUUUCGCUUGCAGUUGGAUGAAGCCCAUGUCGGUGCACCUGAAAUGUCUACCAUUCUAGACUCGCAGCUUAUCGCCUGUGGUUCCUUAGAAGCAGAUGAAAUGGAAAGGCUGAAACGUGAAAGGAAUGAUGCCUUGAAAGAAGUGAAUACACUUAAGGAAAAAUUAUUUGAAUCAGAAAGGCAAAGGAAACAAUUGACAGAAGAACUCCACAGUGUGAAACAGGAAGCCAAAGCUGUCAUUGAAGAAACCAGAGCGCUGCGAAGCCGGAUUCAUCUCGCCGAGGCCGCGCAGAGACAGGCGCGCGGGAUGGAAAUGGACUACGAAGAAGUGAUCCGCCUGCUGGAGGCCGAGAUCACGGAGCUGAAGGCCCAGCUUGCUGAUUAUUCUGACCAAAAUAAAGAAAACGUUCAGGAGUUAAGAAAGAGAAUCACAGUCCUCGACUGCCAACUGCGAAAAUCGGAAAUGGCUCGAAAAUCUUUUGAGGCAUCCACUGAAAAGCUCCUUCAUUUUGUAGAGGCUAUUCAAGAAGUAUUUUCUGAUAAUUCUGCUCCUUUAACAACCUUAAGUGAAAGACGAGCUCUGUGCGCCUCCCAGGCCUCCCUCACGCCGCUGGGCAGGCCCGGCCUCGGCCGCAGCAGGGCCGCCACGCUGGCCCUCGAGUCCAGGGAGCUCGUCAGAUCUGUUCGCACCACACUGGACACGGACUGUCUACCUUACGGGUGGGAGGAAGCUUACACAGCAGAUGGCAUCAAGUACUUCAUCAAUCACGUAACACAGACCACAUCCUGGAUCCACCCUGUGAUGAGUGCACUGAACCUGUCUUGCUCAGAGGAGAAUGAAGAGGACUGCUCCAGGGAACUUCCCGACCAGAAGAGCUAGUGGUUUUCCGUGGGAAGCUGAGCUCCGUGGCCUUCCAGCACGUCGGUCUCCACGCAGGACUCUGAGACGCAAUGGUCUGAAACAGGAGUAAAUGCUCACGACCGGUGGAUGCUGUGAAACGGAGACUCUGCACCGAAUGCUAAUUUUUGUAAAACUUUUUCAUGCAACCGUGUACAUUUACAGGAUCAGUCGCCACUACAGUAGUUCUUUAAGAAUAAUCUAGCCCUAUUUUUUUGAAAUCAUAUGUAGUUAGACUUUAUAUUAUGUAUACUUUUUAUAUAUAAUUAGAACUUUGCAGUUUUAUAUAGAGUUCUUUACGGAGUGUCUGAUACAUUGAUCUCUAGGAUUAACACUUAGGUUGGAAAAUUAUGUGAAUAUAGUGAAACACUUCAUUUAUUUGAAAAUUCACUAACCUUUUAUAUUUGUAUCUUAGGAAAGUGAGUAAGCAGGCUCUGGGGGUUUUUCUCAAAGAUCACAGGUAGACCACCAUCUCACAGGCUCCUGAAUACAGUCUGCAUUUUAUGGGGCUUUCUGAUUUACAUACUGCUUUGCUGGCCCUGUUUUAUUCGCACCAUCCAACACGCCCAUGAGGCAGAUCCAGUGGGUGAUUCUUAUUCCAUUUUUCGUUUAUGGAAAUAGUGGUUCAGAGAAGUGAGGCACCUUGUCCUAGGUCUUCUGACCCUCUGUCCGGCCCCCUUUCCACUGCACCCUGCUGUCCCAGCAGAGGCAGGUCACAGCCCGAUGCACAGGGCACUCGGUUCUGUUGACGCAGCUGAGCUCCACGCCGAGCACUCCGGUGGCCGCCCAGAUGCGGCAGGCACCUCUUCAGUGAAACAAGCCCCCACGUAACUCCACUGUGGUCCUGGAAACCCAUCCCCCUUCUGCACCCCCAGACCCUCACCAGGUAGGAGCAUGGUUUUGUGGUGUUUCGGCAGGCUUCCUGUGGCUGGCUCAUAUCCAGGAUUUGCCUUGUUUACAUUGCACUUGCCAGACGCAGCGUUUGAGGAGCAUUGAUGAGAAGAGGGGCAUCCAGAGUCUCCUCUGCUAUCAAAAGAGAUGUCCUUGAACCCUUCUGCUCCAAGUUCAAGACUGAUAUCAUUGCUGACACCACCUACCAAACUAAUUAUGCUUUUGAUCUUUUUUUAUUUUAUUGUAAGGAUGCUAGACAGUUUCUAGCGGGAAUGAGCCACUGACUUGGAAAGCUAAAGAUUUUCUCUCAGUUCAAUGAUUUAAACCCAAGGUCGGAAAAGGGGGUUGUGGAGUGGGGAGGAAGUCAGUCAUCUCAAAUGUCCAGGGCAUUCGGUACCAACUGAAAAAUAAAAAGGCACUUAUUCCUAUCCAAUGUUGUAUUUUUAGGUGAUGUACUUAGAAAGAAAGUGAGUAGGAAUCAUUAGCUACUCAGAAUACCUGUUCCCAAACCAUUCCUACUAACACAGAGAAACUACUGGUGAUCACUCUGGCCACCUUUUUCCUCUUCCCUUCUCCUCAGCCCUCCCCCUCCUCCCCUCUGCCCUCCCUUCUCUCGUCCUCCCUCCCUGCCCGCCCCCCUCUGAAAUUCAGGUAGGAAAACAGAACUCAGAACCUUGAACAUCAUCUGACUCGGUGAUUUUUCAGACACCUUCUGGUGAAAAAGACUCAUUUUUCAAAUGAAGUCUUAUACAGAAUCACAAUAUAUAUAAUAGAAUAUUUUUAAAAUAUUGCUACUCCGCCUGAAAAAGACAAGGCCUGGAGCCAGGUACAAGCAGCCCCGCAUCACUGCUGUGCAAACCCAGAGCUCCUUAGGAGCCCAGGGCGAGAAUCAUCAGUCCCAAGGUCACGCAGAGGCUGAGCGACCAGGUCAACAUCAGACCUAGAUCCUAAACCUUCCAGUCUACUACAUCUCCUGUGGCAUGUAACACAGAUGUAUAUUGCAAGUACAUGUGUACAUUGUGCUCACCCAUACAUUCCUGAAUAGAUGUAGGAUUUAUAACUUAUGUCUGGAAUAAUAAUAACAUAAGGUCAAAUCUAGGCUGAUAGGUAGGCAGUCAUUAGCCCUGAGAAAACUUUGUGAGUGGCUGGAAAGGACUUGAGUUUCGCCUGACAGCUGUUUGAAUAUUUGGAAGCUUCAGGGAGACCAGUUUUGAGAGAAGCCCCCCAGAGAGUUCUUUCCUUGUGUCCCCCAUCUGUGCAUGAGAUUCUCAAACACCUGAGGUUACUUUAAGUUAGUAUCUGUAGUCGUGAAAGUACAGACUUUUUGUUGCUGCCAAGUUAAUGGUAUGACAUUUCCCUCCCCCUUCCGGAAGAGUUUUCCUAAUUUGCUUCUAGUGAGGAAACACAGAGGAGCUGCCAGAGUCACUUGAGGUCAAGGUCUCGGGCACACGUUUCACUAACAGACACCUCGUGUGUUAACUUCGCUGUUUCAUGCCACUUCCCUCCCUGCUUCUGACAAAUGCCUAAUGGGAAAGGCCUGUAGGAUUUUAUUGUUAUUUAUUAAGCAUUUCGGUGCCAUACAUGGUGGUUGGCAGUUUGCAUAUAUUAUUUCAUCAUCUUAAAACAGCCCAUGAGGUAGAACCCGGAACUGCCCCUGUUGUACAGAAGAAACACGGCUUUGGAGAGAGUUGCUCCUCUCGGCCUGCAGUCACACGGCACCCGCGUGUAGAGGCCGGCGUUCCAGGCAGCCCGCUCUGGGCGGAGCUGCUUGCAUUUCACUGUGUGUGUUGCUCGUGGCAGAGCUGGGGUGUGCGGGUCUGUUUUACAAAGAGGCAGGUACCGGUUCUGCACAAUAAGGAACUUCCUGGUAGUUAGCCCUGGGAAAGGAUUCCCCAGGAGAAAGCGGGAGGGAGGACUGUCCCAGGAGGCAUUCUGUCGGUCUGAGCACCUUACUGCAGGAACAUUGCUGAGGAGGUUCAGAGUCAGAACCGACAUCAUCUGAGCAUUCUCCAAGUUUCCACUCUUCUUUGUGCUUCUGUGACCUCUGAGCCAGCAGAUAACUGCUCCAAGACACGCUCAAGGAAACAUGCUAAUGACUCAUUGAUAGUCUUUCUGUUGCAAGUAGAACCCCCAAAUUAUUGUUUGGUGAGUUGUCAUUUACAUACCCAGGCUUUCUUUGAUAUAAAUCAACCCUAGCAAUGUAGCCAUUUGCAGUAAGCCCCUCUCCGGUGGCCCACUGACUCAGACUUUUAGGGCGGGGCCGUCUCAGCAUUCUGAUGGCCUUCCAUCUCACUUUACUGAGAGUGACCGAGGGGAGCCAUCCUUACUGAUUCUCAAAAGACUUCCUCGGCACCAGCAAUGCAUCCAGCAAGGGCACUAUGGUGAAGUAGGGUGAUAGCCAGCUACUUCCUAGGUUCUGUUUACGGGUGGGUAAAAAGGUGUAAAAUCUUCUCAGGUGGCCAGAAUUGGACAGCUUCUCUGAAUUUUUUGAAUUUUUGAAACAAUCUAUUUCCAUGAAAAAUCAGGUAGUAUGAAGUUAAAUAAAGUAAAAGAAAAAAAAAUAGCCCAUCUCUCCAGAGGUGGCUAUCACUAAUAUUUGCUGAGUAUUUUUACUCAAAGGAAGUCAUACUGUGAAGUAGCUUUCUUUUGACAUAAUACAUCGUGGUCAUUUUUUUCAUAUCAGUACAUAGAUUAAUGUUGUAUUUCAAGUGUCUGCAUAAUCAUCUACACCCGGAUAACUCGUGUGCAGCCAGCAAGCUAUCGAUGAACGCUUAGGCUGUUUUAGGUCUUCUGUUACUGACAAUGGGUGUCACAGGGAACAUUCUUCUAUUCACAUUCUUGUACUUAUUCAGUCUUUUCCCUCAUGUAUCUGUGUCCUCUGGUGCCGAUACCUACAGUAGGGUUAUAAUGACAACAGUAAAUUGUCAUGUCAAAAUAGGUUCAUUUUGAUUAUGUUAGGUGUUCAUCAGUUUACCUCCAUAAAAAUAGGAUCAAUUUACACUACCACCAAUAGUGUGUGUGAGCUGCUUUUCGCUAUAUCACAGGACUUUCUUGGGUCUUGAGAUUGCAUGUAACUUUUCUGAUUGUUUUUGUGCUUCAAAGAGUAGCUUUUCGUUGCAUUGUUGCCAAAGGACCAGAACUUUUUCAUUGGAAGGUUUUAGUUUUCUUAGCAGCAGAGACUAAGUCUCUCCAUAGAGGGGCAUCUAGCAGGGACUAAUUCACUGUGUGUCCAACACAUCAUUACUCUUAGCUUCUUACCUGAAAACACUUACCUUUCCUACUUUACAUAUAAUGGUUAUGAGAGCCAACUUUUAAAUGAACUCACUUGGGCAAGAGCCCUCAGUGAAGUGCAGAGCACAGUACCAAACACACCUAUAAGUUCUUCGAGCCUCAGUUUCCUCAUCUGUAGAAGGAGGAUAAUAAUUCCCUGCCUCUUCCCAGACCAAUUCAACUCCGCAGCCCUUUCCCGCACACCUGCUAAAUGCCAGGCAAGACGUGAGGCCUUGAAGUUACCAUGGUGAAUUGUACCGAUUCCCAAAUCAAGAAGCUCAUACUCUACCACCCUUUUCCUUUCUUUUCUUUUUUUUUUCCAGAAACCUUUUAUUAUUCCUUAAAGGAGUAAGAAGUUAAGGGUUUGUUUAGUAAGAACCCCUGAAGAAAGACCCUUUAUCACGUUCUUAAAUUUGAAUAAUUCCAAAAUAAUAACACCCUUUGAGUAGAAAUGAAAGAAAAGAAACAUACGGUGUGAAGGGCCUCUCCAAUAAUAAAUGCAAAGCAGCUGUAAAAAUACAGAGUCAAAUGAUACUUUCAUGAAGUGUUUGCAAAAUUAGAAAAUAUUAUUCUUUAUCUAGGGGGUUUUUAUUUUCUCUGCUAAAUGAAAUGCAACAUUUUCAAGGCUGGACAAACUUGAGUUUGAACAAUAUAUAGAACAGAAAGAACUGGACUAACAUUAAAACAACUCACAUGCUCUAUUGCAUGUGAUUUUUGAGAAGGUGAAAAGAACUUUAAGCAGACUAUGCCUGCGGAGCUUAACUUUAGAAAUAAAACACCCAAGAUGUCUUAACCACAACUAUCCGCAUGUAGUAUC